AUGAAUAGAGGGGAAAACUCAGAUUUCAUCCCUAUUGAUCUCAUUCUUGAGAUACUCUCGAGACUGCCUGCAAAGUCAAUAGCUAAGUUUCACUGCGUGUCGAAGCUAUGGCGGUCCUUGCUUUGCAAGCCAUACUUCACAGAGUUGUUCAUGACUAGGUCAUCGUCUCGUCUACGUCUCUUAAUUGCGGUCCAACAAGAAGCUGAGGUGUUUAUGUUUACGUCGCCUCAGCCUCAGAAUCCGUCGUCUCUUGUUGUCUCCGCUGAGUUUCAUACUAAGAUCUCUUUUAACUCAAUCAACUACUAUGGUUGUAGAUAUGCCUCUGGUUUGCUCUAUUUCCCUACUCUACGUUUCUCAAAGGAGGGGUUCGAUCCUAUUGGCAAGCAAUUCAAGGUUUUGGCCAUGUUCAAUAGUGUCAAUGAUCAUAGUAUCCUGACAUUAGGAACUGAAAAACUGAGUUGGAGGACGAUCCAAUCUCCCUCGUCAGAGGAAUUUAAGGUUGUAGGUCAUGAAUGCGAUUUUAGUUGGACUACUAAUUUGGUAAACUAUAAGGGUAAAUUAGGUGUGAUUGAACACGACUUGACGGAUGGUCUAAUUAAGUUACAAAUGUGGGUUCUUGAGGAUAUUGAUAAAAAUGAAUGGUCUAAAUUAUAUGACUACAUUUUGAAGACGACUGAGAAUAAAGUUGUUAAGGAUAUCACUUAUCUUUCGGUUGUUGGGGUGACUGCUUCAGGUGAAAUUGUUUUAGCUGAUUAUGAUGAUGCAUGUGAACCGUUUUAUGUUUUCUAUUUUAAUCCCGAAAAGAACACUCUCCGAAGUGUUGAAAUCCAAGGUGUUAGACAAGAAGGAGUAAAAUGGAUUAAUGCUCGUCAUGAAGUUCAAAUAUUUUUAGACCAUGUAGAGGAUCUUAACUUGGAUGUUAUGAAGCUGCAACAUCUAUAA